CCUCUGCCGGUAAACGAGUAGUAUUGCACUCGUGUCUCUCACCUGACGGUGUUGUUGUCGGCGUCCGGGUCCCUGGCGGCAACCGUCCCAACCAACGCGCCCACGUCGGCGUCCUCAGCCACGUCCAGCAGGACGAAAAACUGGUUCCACACCCAGCCUCGUUUGACCCUUCGGACCCUCGGCGUGGCGUCGUUACCCAGCAGGCCUUGGGGCAAAAGGCUCAUCAUGUAGAUUGUCACCAAAAGCCAGGCUGCUGUCCGGGGUUCCAUCAUCGAUUCCGCGAUCCGAGUCUUGGUCAUUUGAUGGACGGCGGUGGGGAAUUAAACUGUAGCGACGAGCUUCUCAGUGGCUCGCAUCCAGCGUCUCCAUUGUUCCCGAAAAAGCUCCCUGGGAAGUAACACCGACACGGUGUUGGCUUCCAGGCUCCACGCCAACGCCGCUUCGCAACACAGCGCAGGUCUUCAGACAGCUCCUUUGACUGAACCGUGAUGCACAUCAGGCAGUGCUGCUCAUCAAGACCUCUUACCAGUUUUUCAGCUGAAACUCGAGUUUUGCAACAGGACAAGCACCCUCAAAUAACAGAUGAUGAGUCUUUAACGUCAAGCUGUCAAACCUCAGCCGGUUGCCGUGACGACCGCCCGACAUCCGCAUCCUCUUCGGACGCGUCGCAACACAUCAUGUGCCUUCACGGCUGACUUGCUAAGUAAAAUCAUGUCUUUCAACCAAGGAGGUCCACGGGGAGGCAUACCCCCUGCCCAAAACUACCGUGCCACCAACUUAAGAUCCCCACCCACUCAGCCUGUCAUACCACCGUACCACUACGAUCCGCAAGCUCCGCCUGCGCCUGCUUACCACGGAAACAGCAGUGGUUUCGUACCACCGCAUUCUGAUUUCAUGUCAUUCCCGCCGCCGCCACCACCGGCGCCUCCUGUGACGCCGAGCUCUCUUCACCCGUGUCCGGUGCGUCCACCCUUCGCCAAGCCGCCUGUGCAGGGCUUCCCUGACCCGCCGCCUAGCUUUCCGCCUCCCCCUUUGCCGGGCGUCCCCGCCGUACCCUCGCAAAUGCCUCCAAACACCUACCACCCCUACAUGGUGCCCCCGCCCCCAUUCCCCCACCCUACCAUGCCUCCCCCAAUGCCGUCCCAAUCUAUGACUUACCCCCCUCCUUACCACAUGGGUUACCCUCAACCACCACACCCUCCGUUCCCUCCCCCCGCCUUCAGCCCAGGAUACACCCAGAGCCCUGGGUCGUUCAAACCCGAGCAGCACUUCCACCACAGGGAGCACUACAAAUACGAGAAGCCCAGCGACGAGGGCAGGCGCUCCCCUGAUAGAGGAUAUCGCCACGAUGAUCACCGGAAGAGGGGCUACAGCGGACAUGGAGACAGGCACCGCACGGAUGUUUCCGGAGACCGGAAGGACCGGGGGAGGAGUCCGGACAGGCGCGGCAGGACCGAGGGCAGGUACAGGUCUGAAUAUGACAGAGGACGCUCCCCAUCGCACCGGAGCCGAGAUCGCAGCAGAGAGCGGUAUCGACACCGAGAGAGCCGAAGAUCCCCGUCGCCUGAUCGACACCGAAAGAGACCUCGCAGUCGCUCGACCAGCCGAGACCGAAAGCGCAGCCGUUGGGAAGAUGAGCGAGAUCGCCGGUCCGAGUCCUCCUCAGCUCCGAGCAGAGACCGCGGCUACUCUUCCGGCCGGAGCAGAGAUUCCGAGGAGUGCUCGGCUAGUGGUGAGAGAGAGCGAGGAGAAACUGAACGUGAAAAGGAAGAGGAAGAAGAGGACGACAUGCUGAAGCCCGCCUGGAUUCGCUGCACUCAUGCUGAGAACUUCUACUCCAACGACCCGAUGGAUCAAGUGGGAGAUUCCACCGUUGUCGGAACAAGUAAACUGCGAGAUCUCUACGAGCGCUUUGAGGACGAGCUGGGAAAAAGGCAGGAGAGAGCCAAGGAGUCUCGACCCAAGUGGGAACCGCCCAAGACUAAACUGGACGAAGACCCCGGUGACAGCAGUAGUGAGUCGGAAUGUGAGUCGGACGACGAGGAAAGCUCUUGCUCCAGUGGCUCGGACUCUGAGUUGUUCGAUGUGAUUGCCGAGAUCAAGAGGAAGAAAGCGCAUCCGGAUCGACUUCAUGAUGAGUUGUGGUACAAUGACCCGGGACAGAUGAACGAUGGCCCCCUAUGUAAGUGCAGUGCCAAGGCUCGGCGUACUGGCAUCCGCCACAGUAUUUAUCCAGGAGAGGAGCCUGUCAAAGAAUGUCGUGGAAUGAACAAUAACGCAGGGAAAUUGUUCCACUAUCGGAUCACGGUGUCUCCACCCACCAACUUCCUGACCGACCGUCCCACUGUCAUCGAAUACGACGACCACGAAUACCUUUUCGAAGGCUUCUCAGUAUUCUCCCACACUCCUCUCACCAAUAUUCCAUUGUGCCGGGUGAUCCGCUUCAACAUAGAUUACACCAUCCACUUCAUAGAGGAGAUGGCGCCCGAGAACUACUGUGUACGAGGCCUGGAGUUGUUCGCUUCAUACCUUUUCCAGGAUAUUCUGGAGCUGUACGACUGGAACCUCGCAGGCUUUGAUUCCGAAAACAACGCCACCGGAUGCCAACGCUUCCACUUCAUGCCUCGUUUUGUUCGAUUCCUACCCGAUGGUGGUAAGGAAGUGCUAUCCAUGCACCAGGUGCUGCUUUACCUCCUGCGCAGCAGCAAGCCGCUGGUCCCCGAGGAGGAGAUCGCCGACAUGCUGCAGUGGGAGGAGCUGGAGUGGCAGAAGUACGCGGAAGAGUGCAAGGGCAUGAUCGUCACCAACCCGGGCUCGAAACCGAGCUCGGUACGGAUCGACCAGCUGGACCGGGAGCAGUUCAACCCAGACGUCAUCACCUUCCCCAUCAUCGUUCAUUUCGGGAUAAGGCCUGCCCAGCUGAGCUACGCCGGAGACCCGCAGUACCAGAAGCUGUGGAAGAGCUACGUGAAACUGCGCCACCUCCUGGCUAACAGUCCCAAGGUCAAGCAACUGGAUAAGCAGAAGCUAACGCAAAGAGAGGAAGCGCUUCAGAAGAUCCGUCAGAAGAACACCAUGCGCCGCGAGGUGACCGUGGAGCUCAGCAGUCAAGGAUUUUGGAAGACUGGCAUCCGCUCGGAUGUUUGUCAGCACGCCAUGAUGCUGCCCGUCCUCACCCAUCACAUCCGCUACCACCAGUGCCUCAUGCACCUGGACAAGCUGAUUGGCUACGUCUUCAAGGAGCGCUGCCUGUUGCAGCUCGCCAUGACUCACCCCAGUCACCAUCUCAACUUCGGGAUGAACCCCGACCACGCCCGCAACUCACUGUCCAACUGCGGUAUCCGUCAACCGAAAUACGGAGAUAGAAAGGUUCACCACAUGUACAUGCGGAAGAAAGGAAUCAACACUUUGAUUAACAUCAUGUCCCGCCUGGGCCAAGAUGACCCUUCCCCCUCCAGGAUCAAUCACAACGAGAGGUUGGAGUUCCUGGGCGACGCUGUCGUGGAGUUCCUCACCAGUGUGCACUUGUACUACCUAUUCCCCACUUUGGAAGAAGGCGGCUUGGCCACCUACAGAACUGCCAUCGUGCAGAACCAACACCUAGCAAUGCUUGCUAAGAAACUGGAGUUGGAUCGAUUCAUGCUUUACGCUCACGGGCCGGACUUGUGUCGGGAGUCGGACCUGCGGCACGCCAUGGCUAACUGCUUCGAGGCCCUCAUUGGUGCCGUUUAUUUGGAAGGCGGUUUGGACGAAGCCCGCCAGCUCUUCGGGCGCCUUCUCUUCAACGGCCAGGACCUGCGGGACGUUUGGCUCCACUAUCCGCCACACCCUCUGCAGGUCCAGGAACCUCAGACGGACCGACAACUGAUCGAGACGUCACCCGUCCUACAGAAACUGACCAGCUUCGAGGACUCCAUCGGCGUUCUGUUUACGCACGUUCGCUUGCUAGCCCGGGCCUUCACGUUGAGGACGGUUGGCUUCAACCACCUCACGCUGGGCCAUAACCAACGGAUGGAGUUCCUGGGGGAUUCCAUAAUGCAGCUAGUGGCUACAGAGUAUCUCUUCAUUCACUUUCCGGACCACCAUGAGGGACAUUUAACGCUUCUGCGCAGCUCGUUGGUCAACAACCGCACGCAGGCCAAAGUAGCAGAGGAGUUGGGCAUGCAGGAGUUCGCCAUCACUAACGACAAAACCAAACGACCCGUGGCGCUCCGGACGAAGACUUUAGCCGACCUGCUGGAGUCUUUCAUUGCGGCGCUCUACAUUGAUAAGGACCUGGAAUUCGUGCACACCUUCAUGAACGUCUGCUUCUUCCCCCGACUGAAGGAGUUUAUCCUCAACCAGGAUUGGAACGACCCCAAGUCACAGUUGCAGCAGUGCUGCCUGACGCUGAGGACAGAGGGCAAGGAGCCUGAUAUUCCACUCUACAAGACGCUGCAGACAGUCGGACCUUCGCAUGCGCGUACUUACACUGUCGCCGUCUACUUCAAGGGCGAACGCAUCGGCUGUGGCAAAGGCCCCAGCAUCCAGCAGGCGGAGAUGGGAGCUGCUAUGGACGCGCUUGACAAAUAUAACUUCCCGCAGAUGGCCCAUCAGAAGCGCUUCAUCGAGCGCAAGUACCGGCAGGAGCUGAAGGAGAUGAGACGCGAGCGGGAACGCCAGGACAAGGACGGCGAUGAGCUCAAAGACGGCAGGAAGUGAGGUGAAUCGAACUCACCACGGUGAGCUCUGCUUCCUCUCAGAGUCGGAAAAUCCCAAUGGAAGAAAACGUCGGUUCUUUCCUCAUCUGUGAGCGCCUUUUUUUUAAUACUUGAUUGUGAAAGUAAAUAAAGUUCUAAUGAAAUUAUCUGUAAAUCAAGUCAAUAAUUCAAGUUGGCCGCCGCCGCGUGGUUAAUACGCCGUCACCAUCUGUCUUACAUCUGCCACUCAGCCCCUUAAUAAGCCAAAUUAGAUUGUUUUUCUUUCUUUUCUUAACUCGCACUUCCCUAAUCCAAUUGGCUGUCAAGAUGAUCUUAAUUAGAGAUUGUCUAUUUGACUACUUCCCCAGCCAAGAAUUAUUUGCAUUUCCAAUUAUUUCUUUCACACUAGCCCUUAGCCAUAUUCCACUCAGUGAUACAUAAACACUUUAUUUUCAAAUCAGCAUUUCGGAAAUAAACAAGUGUUUGUCCUGAGCUUAGGGUCUAGGACUGGGGACGUCAAACUCAUUUUGUGUUCCUGUAUGCACAGUGGGGCAAAUAAGUAUUUAGUCAUACACCAAUUAUGCAAGUUCUCCUACUUGAAAAGAUUAGAGAGGCCUGUAAUUGAUAACAUGGGUAAACCUCAACCAUGAGAGACAGAAUGUGGAAAAAAACAGAAAAUCACAUUGUUUCAUUUUUAAAGAAUAGAAAGGCAACAGUGACUCAAAUAACCACCCGUUACAACCAAGGUAGGCAGAAGAGCAUCUCUGAACGCACAGUAUGUCGCAACUUUGAGGCAGAUGGGCUACAGCAGCAGAAGACCACGCCGGGUGCCACUCCUUUCAGCUAAGAACAGGAAACUGAGGCUAGAAUUUGCACAAGCUCAUCGAAAUUGGACAAUAGAAGAUUGGAAAAACGUUGCCUGGUCUGAUGAUUCUCGAUUUCUGCUGCGACAUUCGGAUGGUAGGGUCAGAAUUUGGCGUCAACAACAUGAAGGCAUGGAUCCAUCCUGCCUUGUAUCAACGGUUAAGGCUGGUGGUGGUGGUGUUGUAAUGGUGUGGGGAAUAUUUUCUUGGCACUCUUUGGGCCCCUUGGUACCAAUUGAGCAUCGUUGGAACGCCACAGCCUACCUGAGUAUGGUUGCUGACCAUGUCCAUCCCUUUAUGAGCACAAUGUACCCAACUUCUGAUGGCUACUUUCAGCCGGAUAAUGCGCCAUGUCAUAAGGCUGGAAUCAUCUCAGACUGGUUUCUUGAACAUGACAAUGUACUCAAAUGGCCUCCACAGUCACCAGAUCUCAAUCCAAUAGAGCAUCUUUGGGAUGUGGUGGAACGAGAGAUUCGCAAUUAUGGAUGUGCAACCGACAAAUCUGCACUAACUGUGUGAUGCCAUCAUGUCAAUAUGGACCAAACUCUCUGAGGAAUGCUUCCAGCACCUUGUUGAAUCUAUGCCACGAAGAAUUGAGGUAGUUCUGAAGGCAAAAGGGGGUCCACUCCUCUUUCAAAAAAACUGCUGUAUUUUGAGCCAAAACAACUGUUGUUUUUGAUAGAACAAUAUGUCUAUAUGCUGCCAUAGCAGAUUAAUGGCGCAUUAAGCCCCCAAACUAUUUUUAAUUUGCCAGUUUUACCCUGAAAACCCCCGUUUACAGACGUCACGCAACCGCUUUUGUUUCUUCCCAGCCAUAAAACGAAGGUAAUUAAUUAGAUUUAUUAUUCAAAAUGUCAUUUUUAGCUUAGAAUCAUUAAUUGAUGUCUAAUAUUCGUAAAAAAAAAAACUUUAAAAAAAUUAUUCACUUGCAUAUUUUAAACUUUUAAACAAAUUACAUCACAAUGAAAAAAAUGGUGUCUGUAAAAUAGUCAUGUGUAUUUACCUGAUAACUAUCGCUUAAUUGUAUUUUUUGUUGUUGUUGUUGUUUCUGUCGCUUUUUUCCGAUGUUAGAUCGAUCCAAACAAAGAAAAAUUGGAAAAAAAUUAGGGCUGUCAAAAUUACCGCGUUAACGCGCGGUAAUUAAUUUUUUUAAUUAAUCACGUUAAAAUAUUUGACGCAAUUAACGCACAUGUCCCGCUCAGACAGUAUUCUGCCUUUUGGUAAGUUUUACAGCAAGGCUUUUUGUGCUGUCUAACAGCGAACUCUUGUGGUCGCUUUGCGACAUGGUUUAUUGUUUUCUUGCCAGUUCAAUAUGGCUGCACGACAUCUCGGGCUGACACCUACGUUGUAAUGUUGUGCUUAUAUGAUCCUUGGACAAGAUUUGUCCGUAAGUAUGGUUGUUGUAAAGAAUGUAAAUAUUAUGUUAGUAAGUGAAAUGUUAUAUUUUUUGUAUGAGACGCUUCUUGUUUAUGUUUAGUGAACCUGUAUAGCGUGCUAAGCUAACGUUGUUGCUAAUGCAAUGCUUGUGUACUGUUUUUUUGUAGAUUUACAACGGUCGAAAGAGGACAAUGGUUUGAGGCCAUUUUAUUAAUAAAUCAAAUUAAAAAGGAAGAAGUCUGAUUAUUAAGGCGUCGUUCACUAGCUGUCUAGCUUUGGAAAAAGUAGACGCUUCGGAGUGAGGACAGCAUAGACAGAUUUAAAUGACAGUAGAGUGAAAUGCCCACUACAGUCCUUAUGUACCGUAUGUUGAAUGUAUAUAGCCAUCUUGUGUCUUAUCUUUCCAUUCCAACAAUUUAUUUUACAGAAUAUAUAUAUAUAAUUUACAGAAAAAUAUGGCAUAUUUUAUAGAUGGUUUGAAUUGCGAUUAAUUGCGAUUAAUUACGAUUAAUUAAUUUUUAAGCUGUAAUUAACUCGAUUAAAAAUUUUAAUCGUUUGACAGCCCUAAAAAAAUAUAUAUAAAAAGGUAAAUAUAUGGAAAAAAAAAUCUCGACCACUCCUUGAUGUCUGCAAUUUCUGCAUCGCGACCCUUGUUAUAUUACCAUGUUUCACCCAUAAAAUCCCCCCAAAAAUCCAGCUGUGGCCAUUCACAGGUGUGUUUUGACACUCAGUGAUACAUGGAGUUUUUGGAUAGAAACAAGGUAAAUACGCGAUAAUAUCUCGUUAAAGUCAUGGCGUCUGUAAUUCUGCUGUCGCGUGCUCUCACCUCCAUAUUGGGAUUUGCUGUUUAAAAAAACUUUUUUUUUUUUUUUUUAAAUGCCCUCCUGUCCAAAAUUUUUCUUCCCCCAGAAAAUUGGGAUUUGAAGCUUUCCAAAUAUGUAUCGCACAUGCAUAUCAGACAAAUUUUGAAAUUUGGCCAAAUUGGGGGUCUCAGAGUGGAACUUCAAGUCACCUGAGUGUUUUCCGCCAUAUAUAUUCAUAUAAAAAUAUCUUGGAAGCAACGAGCAGACGAAUUAGCUUUUCAAGAUAUUUAAUUGUGUCAUAUAAAUAUCCAGUACAAAAUCUCACGUUGUACAAAGCAGAAUUGCUGGACUGCGGGCCCGCCAGCCUACGGCGAGCCGUCCCGACACGACGCUUUCUACGCUCACAGAGACUCCAACACGUUUGUCACCAACGGUCUGACGGCGUCUACACAUCGACAAGCACACGUCUACUGGAUGGCAAACCACCACGUUUGCGUCAGGGGGGACGGGAAGAAGACCACCUAAGAAAACCAAAAGGACCACGUGCUGAAGACUCCACAGAAAAACUCUUUGAGUUGCUUAGCCGCGUGACGGAUGCUAACAGAGUCUGCUUCACUUCUUUAAGGCUGUCACAUUUUUUAAAGUCCGGGAUGCGCUUUCGGCUGGUCUAAGGUCGUAAGACCUCGUUUGUGGAGAAAGGCCGAAGGCAUCGAGAGCUGCGGCUAGGAAAUCCGACCACCGCAUUGGUACCUUCCAGAUCUGGCGUUUCCAGACAUAUGAGCUUUAUCUGUACUCGUUUGUUUGUGUAGGAUCAGGAUGGUCUUCAGGAAAGAUCAGACCUGCGCUGAUUCUCAGUCAUUCAGGUCAGGGUAAUUCGCAAGAGUUGAAUCAAGGCAACUGAACUCUUUCUGAUGCUUGAAGAUGAUUCCGCUUUAGUCAAAAAUUCUGCUUCAGUUCUCAAUAUUCAGAAGUUCUACUAUUUGUGUCCAGCGUCAGAUGCUAUUUGUCCCAAAUAAUAAUAAUAAACUUAAUCUCUGAGGUAAAGGUAAGGUUUUUUUUUUUAGAAGACACAAAGACUAAAAGCAUCUUUGAACGAUUCCAGAACCCCUACACCCAGAUAAUUUUUAAAUGUCUUCAACAAAUAAGUCCAAGUUUUUGGCUAUUAAUUCUAUUAUUUACGUGUCCAAUAGGUGUGUCCAAACAGAGACAUUAUUUUGGACAAAUAACUUCAGAUGUCUUUACCUCAGAGAUUAGCUUUAAGGGUUUUUAGCGGAAACUAUGCUACCAACAUUACAAGCAUCUUUGAACGAUUCCAGAACCCCUGCACCAGAGACAACACCCAAGACUCUACACCCAAAUAUUUUUGGAACAACUAACAAGUCCAGUUGCCUCCAUUCAACGCAUUUCCUUCUCCAGUUCCCAAAAGACACCAGCUCGUUCUUCAAGUUGGCUGACAUCGAAAACGAAGCAUUAUUCCGGCUUCGAUCACCCCGUACAUGUGACUCCUGGAGGCGACGGUACCGCCCUGGCACACGAGGGGGCGCUGUGAGGUGAAGAUGAAAUAGGUGGCUGUACAGUGUAUUUGUAUCAUGUAACGUACACAAGCAGAAGAUCACAAUAUAUGCAGCAGGAGUUUGUCGCAGAAACACUGAAAAGUACACCACCGCUCAGUGUCCGUCGCAGGCAGCGGCGAAAGAAUAACAAAAACAUCGGUAGAUAUAUGCGGGCAUGGCCGACACCCGAUACCCUAAUGCAGGAGUGUCCAAACUCUUCCCGAUUAGGUUCUCAUACAGAUAAAUGCAUGGAUACCAGUGACAUUCUUUUCAUGCUAACUAAUGGCUUUAGUGAGAUUCUUAACUACAGUAAUUUUUGGACUAUAAGCCACUAUUUUUUUCCUUCAUUUUGAAUCCUGCACCUUUUUGUUCAUUUAUUUGGGUCAAUAGUAGGAAUGGGAACCUCUUGCUACCUCACAAUACUAUGCGAUUUGCGAUACAAAUCUCACGAUAUGGCGAUACAACGAUUAUCGAUGCAUUGGUCAGGAAAUCAUUCUACAAAAUAACUAAUAAACAGAAAAACAAGCUAUUUUCAUCCUUCUGCCGUAAGUUUAUCACUUGUAGACACCCAGUCCAUUUGAACUGGGAGGGUUGGCAGAAGGUUUUUGAAAAACAUGCCAUUUUUGUCAAAAAACCAGGGUGCAAGUUUGAGACAAAAUGCCGAGGGUCUUUUCACUUUCCUGUUUGGGCACUGCCACAUCAACGAAAACUCAAUUAUUUUUCAUCAGAUACCUGAACACAUGUCUUAAGGCCCCCCGAUGCAGGUUUGAGUUCAAUUGAUUUUUUUCACGAGGAGGAGGAGCCUUUCUCGUAAAAAAGGGCGUUUCCUGUUCCCACUAGAGGGCGCCAGGCGUAAUGGGUAAUAUUUCAAUGCAGUCGUGUUCAGGGUCAGAUACCGCAUGCAUGCCGGAUAAUGAGAAACAUUGCUUCUUGUAUCAGGAAGUUAUUGGCCAUUUUGAGACAAAAUGCCAAGGGUCUUUUUACUUUAUUGUUUGGACCCCGCCGCUUCAAAGAAAACUCAAUAUUUUUCAUCAGAUACCGGAACACAUGUCUUAAGGCUUUGAUGCAGUUCAACAGAUUUUUUUCCCGAGGCGGAUGAGCCUUUCUCGUAAAAAAAGGCGUUUCCUAUUCCCACUCGGGGGCGCCAGGCCUAAUGGGUAAUAUUUCAAUGCAGUCGUGUGCAGGUUAAGAAACCUUACACGCAUACCAAAUAUGAAAAAGAUUGACUUUGUAUCAGAAAGUGUUUAGUCAUUUACGAAUUUGGCGCGUUGCCCAAAAAAACCCGACUUUGGUACCCCGCCCAGGACGAAAACGCACGAUUUUCAUAACAUCUCAUAUGUCUCAUGAAGAGUCUCAGUAAUUUUGAGGAGGAUCCAACUAACUGCCUCGUCGCAAUGGUCUCAAACGUGCGCCCUGGUUUUCAACAAAAAUGUUUUUCGAAAUUCAAUCCAAAAUACCCGAUUUCCUGUUGGGUUUGGAAUAUGGGUGCAAGAGACUUUUUGAAGCAUUUUUGCACGAGGUAUCGACUCGCAAAAUUUCAUCGCUCUACGGUGAAAAAAACAAAAUGGAGAGGCCGUUUUUAAAAAAUUCCAGGGGGCGCCAUUGAGCCAUUUUUUGACAUAUUUUCACAACGUUGCCAAAUUAUCGAAAUUUUCGCGAAGCCGCAUGUUUGCUCAAAUUUUGGUUGGUUUUUGAGCAUGUAAAGACCUCCAACACGACUGCAUUGAA